AUGGCAGACCCAAAAACUACAAUUGAAAUCCAACGCGAGCUGUUGCUGUGGCUUAGAGAUACCCCAUAUGCAUGCUCCUCGCUUGAAGCUCUAUCCGGAGGCUCAACAAACUUUGUUUUCCGAGCGCGACUAUUUAAAUCUCUCCAGGAGGGCACAAGAGAUGUGAUCGUCAAACACGGCGAGGGCCAUAUGGCCGUGGCACCGGAAAACAAACUUAGCGCUGACCGUCUUCAAAUGGAGACUGAGUGUCUGAGAUCGCUUGCUUCUUUCCACUUCACUUUGCAUCAUGAGAGAGAGCUCCAAUUCACUAUCAAGACGCCGCAAUGCUAUUUCUUCCACGAAAGAACCAAUAAUCAGAUACAGGAAUAUGUUCUUGGUGCCAUUGAUUUGAAACGGUACGCUCUAAAGAACUUUUCAUCGCCGACUGCAGAACAUUUGCGACCGAAAUGUCAUUUUCUGGGUAAAGCACUAGCCCAAUACAUCACGGCCUUUCACAAUGGUGUGCCACCGGCGGUAAACGAGCGCAAGUUUCUCGCUACAUUGGAGCUUAACCAGGAUAUGCGAGAUUUGAAUUAUAUGAUCAACUAUGACUGGCUUGUACAGCGUAUCGAGGACUUUCCGGACGUCCUAAAUGAGGCACGAGACAUCUUCGUCCAGGUGAACGAAAUGGCAAAAAAGGAAUUGGAGGACGGGUCUCCGGGGCUUGUACCGGUUCAUGGCGACUUUUGGACUGGAAAUGUUUUGCUUGAAGAUACACCUCUCGAAGGAGAGAAAGAAACGGCUAUUUUUGUGGUAGACUGGGAGAUGGCUCACCUCGGAGUUCCUGCUUUUGACCAUGGCGAAAUGAUCGGAGAAAUGUAUGCCCUGUGGUUAUACAAGCAGAUCGAUGCGGGGCUUUGGAUGGUGCAAGGUUACGCCGAGGGACUGAGAGAGCAGACAGAAAGUCACGCCUGGAGAACCAUUCUUCAGGUCGGAAUCCACCUUCUCAGCUUUGGAACCAUCGCCCCCGGAUGGGGUACGUCCGAGCAAAUUGAGCAAGUAGCGAAACUUGGAAAAGAGAUCAUAGUCAAUUCAUGGACGAAGGAUUCCGAAUGGAUUCGCAAUUCGGAGCUUGCUUGUCUUUUUGCUCAUGUCCAUCAUUCUCCGGAAACCCGUCGUGGAAGCUAG